GAUACAGUUGUUGGUGUUACUGCAAGAUUCAGGGACAGAGAGUCAGAGAGAUAGAGGGAUAAUCUCUCACACCACCUGAACCUGUGGUGGAACACAGCCAACAGAACGACCCAGACCAUCAACUCUACUACCUGAACCUGUCGUGGUGGAACACAGCCAACAGAACGACCCAGACCAUCAACUCUACUACCUGAACCUGUCGUGGUGGAACACAGCCAACAGAACGACCCAGACCAUCAACUCUACUACCUGAACCUGUCGUGGUGGAACACAGCCAACAGAACGACCCAGACCAUCAACUCUACUACCUGAACCUGUGGUGGAACACAGUCAACAGACCGACCCAGACCAUCAACUCUACUACCUGAACCUGUGGUGGAACACAGCCAAUAGACCGACCCAGACCAUCAACUCUACUACCUGAACCUGCUGUUGUAGAACACAGCCAACAGACCGACCCAGACCAUCAACUCUACUACCUGAACCUGUGGUGGAACACAGCCAACAGACCGACCCAUGGUCCAUAUCCCUGUGCCCAGUUUUACGCAUCAACGGAGCAAGCGUUUGUGUUUGUCUGUGCAUGCAUAGACCUGGAGCGCAGGUGUGCGGAACCAGCUCAGCCAUGACAUUCCUCCACAGGUUGCAAUGGAACGACUCCUCCGUUCUAAUCCAUCCUCCAGGGUUCUACAUCAUCGGCUUCACCUCCCUGCCCUUUGCCAACCUCUACUUCAUCUUCCUCGCUUUCGUUUACGUGGUGUCGGUCGUGUUCAACAUAUUUGUGAUCUAUAUAAUCAUGGUGGACCAUCGCCUCCACAACCCCAAGUUUAUGGCGGUUGGUAACCUCGCGGUGGUUGAUCUGGUGCUGAAUACUUGCAUUAUUCCCGGUAUGCUAAAGGCGUUUCUUGCUAAAAACAAUUUUGUGCCGUUUAAUCUGUGUAUGGUACAGAUGUAUGUGUAUUAUUCCUUCAUAUCUAUGGAAUCGUUCUCCAUCGCCGUGCUCGCCUAUGACCGUAUGAUCGCCAUAUGUUUUCCUCUGAGGCACGGCUCCAUCAACACCAUGACGAGUAUGUCGUGUAUUCUCGGUGUCAUCUGGUGCUUCUGUCUUGGUAUACAGAUAUUCAGUGCUGCAAUUAUGACCAGGCUGUCCUACUGCGAUUCCGUUAAUGUCUACAGCUAUUUCUGUGAUUACGCACCAGUGUUUCGGCUGGCAUGUAACGACAACACCCUGCAAUGGGCUGUGGCUUCAGUUCUGAGCCUGGUUAUCCUCCUCGGCCCACUGUCCUUCAUCAUUCUGUCAUACAUGAGUAUUCUAAUCGCUGUGUUCAGGAUGAAAAGCGUUGAGAGUCGUGUGAAAGCGCUGGCCACCUGCACUGAGCACCUCAUUCUAGUGGCAGUAUUCUUCUUUCCGGUUCUGAUUAUUUUCAUGGUUGGGUUAUUAGCGCGCAUCAAACCAGACCCUGACCUGCGCGUACUGAGCCUGUCGCUGGCCUCGUGCAUCCCGCCCUGUCUCAACCCCAUCGUCUACUCUCUGAAAACUAAAGAGAUCAAGAGCAAAGUGCUCACCAUGUUCAGGAGAAUUAAAGUUCAAGUAGUUAACGAUUGAUCUUUACGCAUAGGUUGCUACAUAGGUUGCUAAAUGCGCAGUGGAGGUUCUCGCCAUUCUGCACUAACUGUAAUUACACCAUCAACCAAGAGUCAAGACUAAACCAAUUCACCUUGGUGGUGUGCAGACUGGUUUUAUAUUGUUCUUAACGAUUUCACACAAACCAGAGAAAAAUGCAAAAACAUGUCUGUGAAGUUAUAUAUUCACAGUAUUAUGAAUGAAUUGUUGUUUAUUUGGUAGCAUUUCACAGUGUGACUGAUUUUACUAAUUGCAUUAGUACUGUACAAAGUUAGAGGUGUGCUAAUUGAUAGAUUCCCCGUUCCCGAAGGUGACAUGAUGUCAUUGAUGUAACGUGCAAAUGAGCAAUAGAAAACCAAUCGCGCAAAUGUCACCAUUAUGAUUGUUUUUGUGAGGAUGCCCCAGUACCGCCCCCGACAAGAUGCUGCCCUGAGCGGCUGCCCAUACCUCGCCUAUACCUAAAUCCACCACCGUACGUGCGUAAAGUCUAUCAAGGGUGUUGAAAUGGGGAGACAUGCAUGUAACUCAUACAUUACUUAUCUUGUCCCGUUAAAUAUUAAAUAUAAAGCACUUGGCAUUUUCAUCGUUUAAAUAGUAGUUCAUAACGAGUGAAUGACGUGUUUUGUUUUCAAUAUUUUCAUUGAUGAUUGUGUCCAUCUAUUUUUGAACACAGAGGUAUCGCAGAAAUUAUUAUCAAUGACUUACAUUUCCUUUUCAGCUUUCCUACAAGACAGAGGUGGCUAGAGGAAUACGCUAUAGGAGGAUGGGCUCAUUGUAAUGGCUGAAAUGGAAAAAAUUGAGUGGUAUUAAUCACAUCAAACUUUUGUUUGAGUCUAUCCUAUUAAUUCCAUUCCAAUCAGCCCGUCCUCAUAUAGCUUCUCCCGCCAGCCUCGACUACACGUUCUGCAAUAACUCCAUAUUUGCACUUCCUCAUCCUGUGUCAUCAACCAACCAAACAAUAUUCCCAACAUCAAUGUUCUAGUAAAAAACAGAAAAUCAAACACAUACUGUAUCUCUGUAAUGUUUUACUUUCUGAGUGCUUCAACAGGUUUAAUAAGGCUACCUGGUUGAUCCGGUUGUUUUAUCAAUAUGUUCUCAAUAUUUGUCACUGUGUUUUUAUCUGUUUAAGUCCUGAUCUGUAAAGCUCACUGGACUGCAAUAUAUUCUAAGAAAGAUGGUAAAGAAAUAAAGUCUAUUAUUAUUAUCAACAUCAUGCUUUGUGAAAUACAAGCCUUGGCACAAACUGCAGGGUUAGAAACAAGCUCAUUUUAGGAGUAUAGUCAAAUAUCAGUUUGCAAACAAUGUUAACUUCUUUUAAUGUUAAUAAACCCUCCAUAAAAACA